GCAGUUUCAAAAUAGUAAUAGUGGAGCUUCGUCUCAGACCUGAAUUUCUUCCUCGGUGCGUCCCCGAGGGCCCCUCUACCCUGCCCGGAGUCCGGGUCCACCCGGGCCGCGAAGUGCAAGCGCGCGCGGAGUUCUCUGCCCAGCGGCCACGGGUGAGCGGAGGGGUCCGGGGCGCACGGGGCUCGCUCGGGCCACGGCCGAUCCGCGCUCCUGUCGGGCGCCCGGCCCCACACCGAUCCCAGUUGGGAAGAAAACUUCACGCGGCCGAAAUGAACCUCCCUUCUCCGCUCCAAUCCUUCCUUCUCCGCUGGCAGAAAACCACUGCACUUUGACUAUGGAAACAGAGACUAUUGAUGGCUAUAUAACGUGUGACAAUGAGCUUUCACCUGAAAGAGAACACUCCAAUAUGGCAAUUGACCUCACCUCAGGCACACCCAAUGGACAACAUGCCUCUCCAAGUCACAUGACAAGCACAAAUUCAGUAAAGCUAGAAAUGCAGAGUGAUGAAGAGUGUGACAGGAAACCCCUGAGCCGUGAAGAUGAGAUCAGGGGUCAUGAUGAGGGGAGCAGCCUAGAAGAGCCCCUAAUUGAGAGCAGUGAGGUGGCGGACAACAGGAAAGCCCAGGAGCUUCAAGGCGAGGGAGGAAUCCGGCUUCCGAAUGGUAAACUGAAAUGUGACGUCUGUGGCAUGGUUUGCAUUGGGCCCAAUGUGCUUAUGGUACAUAAAAGGAGUCACACUGGUGAACGCCCCUUCCACUGCAACCAGUGUGGAGCUUCUUUUACUCAGAAGGGCAAUCUUCUGAGGCAUAUAAAGUUACACUCUGGAGAAAAGCCGUUCAAAUGUCCUUUCUGUAGCUAUGCUUGUAGAAGAAGGGACGCCCUCACAGGACACCUCAGGACCCACUCUGUGGGUAAACCUCACAAGUGCAACUACUGUGGACGAAGCUACAAGCAGCGCAGUUCACUGGAGGAGCACAAGGAACGCUGCCACAACUAUCUCCAGAAUGUCAGCAUGGAGGCUGCUGGGCAGGUCAUGAGUCACCAUG